AUGCCGCUGCCUCAGGCCCAUCAAAUGCAGCGGGAAUUUUACGAAGUCCCUGAUAAGGGUGUCCCUGACAAUCUCCUGGAAAUGUUCGCCGCCCGUCAUGGCCUGGGGGCCCUUCUGAAGGAUGGGUACCGCACCUUCACAGGGAUUGAUGAAGUCACAGCGAAGAACAUUGAGGCGUGUAAAACGCUCACAGACAUUUUAAAGACAUCUCUUGGCCCUUAUGGUCUUAGCAAACUGGUGGUGAACGCCUGGGGCAAACGCUCUGUGACGAACGACACAGCGGCGAUCCUUAAAGAUCUUGAAGUGCAGCACCCUGCGGCUAAGUUGCUCGUGAUGGCGGCCGAAAUGCAGAAGCAGGAAAUGGGUGGAGGAUGCAACUUUCUGCUGAUCCUCGCUGGCCACCUCCUCACAAAUGCUGAUUACCUCCUCCGCCAGGGAUUGCACCUGAGUGAUGUCAUCCAGGGCUACGAGCUUGCACUGGAUAAGAUUCCUGCCUUCCUGGAAGAGACCGCUUGCCACUCCGUAGAGAAUUUGAAGGAUGCAAAAGAGUUGGAGCCUGUGCUAAAAACAGUCCUGGCGAGCAAGCCCAUAUGUUCAGAGGCUGGCCUCUCCGGCUUGUUGGCUUCUGCCAUAUCUUCUGUGAUGCCGCCCAAGUUUGAAGACUUCGACCCAGACAACAUCAGGGUGGCAAAACUGCAAGGCGGACGGCUAAAUCAAUCUACAGUGCUAAACGGAAUGGUCAUCACAAAGCCGCCUCAUGGUACGGUGGAGUCUAAGAAGAACUGCAAGGUUAUGGUGUUGGGUUGUGGACUGGAAUGUUCAACGACAGAAGCGAAGGGCACAGUGCUUAUCCACACGGCAGAAGAGCUUAAAAAUUUUACCAAGGGAGAGGAGUCACAGAUGGAGGACAUAAUUAAAGACAUUAAAAAUGCGGGUGUAGAAGCCAUCAUUGUCCACGGGGGCGGCAUUGCCGAUAUAGCGCAGCAUUUCUGCAACAAAUACGACAUACUGACAAUCAAGGUUCCAUCAAAGUUUGAAACCCGGCGUCUUUGCAGAGCGUUGGGCGCGACCGCACUCGUUCGACUUGGCGUGCCUAUGGCUGACGAGCUCGGUGUGGCAGAUUCCAUCGAGACUAUUGAGAUAUCCAGCACACGCGUCACUCAGAUUUUGUGCAGAGAUACACGCGUGCAGACCGUUGUGCUGCGUGGAUCAACACCGUGCAUACUUGAUGAGGCAGAGAAGGCAGUCGAUGAUGCUUGUGCCUUCGCCAAGGCGCUGACAAAAGACCGGCGAUUUGUUGCCGGCGCCGGUGCGGCAGAAAUGGAAAUUGCGAGGAAAUUGCAGGCAGUGGCAGAGAAGCUGCCUGGAGUCAAUCAGUACGCCGUACUGAAAGCCGCUGAGGCCUUCGAGGCGAUCCCGCGACUUUUGGCAGAAAGCGCCGGCCUAAGUGCUACAGAGGUUCUUGCUGCAUUGCACGCAGCUCAUUCAACAGGCCGCGUGCAUGAGGGUGUCAACGUGGAGGCUUUUGUAGCAUCAGUGGCAUUGGGCCGUGCUGCCAGUGGCGGCUCAAAAGUAAAUAUGACCUUAGAUGCAAAGGUUGCGUGCAUUUUCGAUCACAUGCAAACAAAGGCAUGGGCGACACGCUUGGCCUUCGAUGCCGCGAUUACUGCCCUCCGAGUGGAUCAGAUCAUCAUGGCCAGACCUGCAGGGGGUCCAGCUCCUCGUGCACCGGGCGCUCCCGACGCAGACUAA